AUGUCCCUCCGAGCGGUUUUCACCGACAGCAAAGGCAAGCAACGUGUUGUCAAAGUGCCUUGGUACGCAGCACUUGCAGGAGCGUCGCCAACGCGUCCGCCUCCCGAAGACAAGCGAAAGCCAUGCAGUAAUUGCAAGGGAGAGGGCAAAUGUAGCGGCUGUGGCGGCAAAGGCAAGGUCGGCGACAAGGGCAGUCCAAAGAAGGGUGGAGGUAUGGCGAAAGGUGAUGGCGAGAAGUCCGGCGAGAAGUCGGGCGACAACAACGAUUCCACCGGCGAGGAGGAAACUUACACAGCCGAAGACGAUAAGACGAUCAUCAAGAUGAAGACCAGCGGCAAGACCUGGCAAGAGAUCCUUGAAGCAAUCGGUAAGACCUCCAAGUCGCAGCUCCAGAUGCAUUUCAAGAAUGAUCUACAAGACGAGGCCGGUGGUGGUGGCGGCGGCGAGAGCAAAGGCGAAGCAAAGGACACGGGAAAAGGCAAUCAGCUACCAAAGAAGGGUCAGCCUGGCAAGAAAGGCGCUCUAGACGAGCAGAUGGCCAAGGAGCUGGACAAGCAGGAGUCUCGCAAGUGGGAGAACAUGGCUUCACGACACUUCGACAAGACUGGAGAGCGCAUUUCCGCCGAACAGGCUAAGCAGAAGUACGGGAAGUGA